UGCAGUGAAGGCUCCUUCCUGCUAACCACAUUUCCUCGGCCUGUGACUGUGUAGCCCAUGGACCAGUUGGAUGAUGAAGAGGGACUUCCAGAGAAGCUGGUUAUAAAGAACCAGCAAUUUCACAAGGAGUGAGAGCAGCCACCCAGAUUUGCACAGCCUGGCUCCUUUGAGUAUGAGUAUGCCAUGUGCUGGAAGGCACUCACUGAGAUGGAGAAGCAGCAGCAGGACCAAGUGGACCGCAACACCAAGGAAGCUCGUGAGAAGCUGGAGAUGGAGAUGGAGGCCGCUCGCCAUGAGCACCAGGUCAUGCUAAUGAGACAGGAUUUGAUGAGGCAUCAAGAAGAACUUCGGAGGAUGGAAGAGCUGCACAACCAAGAAGUGCAAAAACGAAAGCAACUGGAGCUCAGGCAGCAGGAGGAAUGCAGGCGCCGUGAGGAAGAGAUGCGGCGGCAACAGGAGGAAAUGAUGCGGCGACAGCAGGAAGGAUUCAAGGGAACAUUCCCUGAUGCGAGAGAACAGGAGAUAUGGAUGGGCCAGAUGGCUAUGGGAGGUGCUAUGGGCAUCAACAACAGAGGCGCCAUGCCCCCUGCUCCAGUGCCAGCAGGUACCCCAGCUCCUCCAGGACUUGCCACUAUGAUGCCAGAUGGAACCCUGGGAUUGACCCCACCAACAACUGAACGCUUUGGCCAAGCUGCUACAAUGGAAGGAAUUGGGGCAAUUGGUGGAACCCCUCCUGCAUUCAACCAUGCAGCUCCUGGAGCUGAAUUUGCUCCAAACAAACGUCGCCGAUACUAAUAAAAAUUUCAAUGUCUAGUUUCCCAA